AUGAGAAGGCAUCCAGCGAAGAGGGUGUGUUUCCCGGGUGGAAUGCGUGACGCUGAUGAGAAUCUACAGGAGACUGCUAUCCGAGAAGCAGAAGAGAGUGCAAAACGGCUUCCGGAAUUGCCAGUUUACGACGACGGAACAAAGACUGCUUCCGAACUGGUCCUCACAAAGAUCACUGUGGCAGUUCUCAGCCGAUAUUGA